GGAGCUGUACCCCUCCGACAAGAGGACGACGGCCUUCGGCUUCCUGAACGCGCUGUGCAAGCUGGCGGCGGUGCUGGGCAUCAGCAUCUUCACGUCCUUCGUGGGCAUCACCAAGGCGGUGCCCAUCCUGCUGGCCUCGGCCGCGCUGGCGCUCGGCAGCUCCCUCGCCUUGAAACUGCCGGAGACUCGGGGGCAAGUCCUGCAGUGAUGGGGGGGCCUGGGGGGUGAGGGGACCCCCCCCCAGCCCCGCCCCCCCCCCCCGCCCCCAGCCCAGCUCCCCUCCCUGCCCCGCCCCCCCCCGGGGAUUAGUCUCGUUAGACACUGUGAAACGUCUUGGAGCAUUUGGGGUCUUUUUCAUUUGCACUUGGCCCCCCAGACACCCCACCCCCCCCCCUCCAAGCCCCCCCCCUCCCCCCCGCCCAUUUCUUUUCUCGGUGUCACCCCCUCUGUGAAUAACUGCUCGCUCCUGGGGGGCUGCGGGGGGCUGCAGGUGGGGGGGUCGGGGUGCCUCAGCCUUGCAGAGGGGGGGGACAGGCCCUGCGCCCCCCCACCCCAGCAUCCCUGGGGCCAGGGAGGAGGAGGAGGAUGAAGGCUCCAUCCUCAGCCCCCCAGCAGGGAUGGGGCGGGUGGCGGCUCCGUGCCUCAGUUUCCCCAUCCGGAAGGACAGGGCAAGGUCGGCAGGUGAAAGGGGAGGGGGUGUCUAUCUGCACACCCCCCCCCCAAGGAGAAUCGGGGGGGUGUGUGUGCACCUUGGGGUGCAUGGCCUUUUGGGGUGCAAGACCCCCCCUUGGGGCGUACAGCACCUGGGCAGGCACAGCACCCUGGGGUGCGUGGCUCGGGGGGGUGCACAGCAAUUCGGGGUGUGCAGCAAUUUGGGGUGCACAUGCUGCAUGGCGGGGUGCACAGCAAUUCGGGGUGCAGAGCAAUUAUUUGGGGUGCACAGCACACCGAGGCGCGCUGCAUGGCGGGGUGCACAGCCAUGGUUUGGGGUGCACAGCAAUUUGGGGUGCACAACCCUUCGGAGUGCACCAACCUCCCGCAGCAGAACCCCUCGGGGUUGCACGGCCUUUUGGGGUGCCCAGCACCUUAAAGCACAGCACCCCGUGGGGUGCACAGCACCUUGGGGUGCACAGCGCCUCGGUUUGUGGGGCGUUUCGGGGUGCACGACGCCUCGGGGCGCAUGGCACCAGGGGGGUGCAGGGCCUUUUGGGGUGCACGGUGCUUCAGCAUGUGCGGCACCCCGGGGUGCUGAGCCCGUCAGCGAGCACAGCACCCCGGGGUGCUGCCGGCCCCUUGCCCCCCAGGGUGCAACAGCCCCCACUCUUUGUCUAAUUUUGGGGUGCAGCCGGGCCCCCCCCUGUACCAGGCACUGCCCCCCCCCAGCUGGGUGCCCCAAGGCGUCACCCAUGGGGUGCUGCCAGCCUUCGUGCAUCCACUUGGGUGCCUGGUGGGGGCUGACCCAGAACCGCCCCCCCCCCCCGCCUUGGAUGGGGGGGGGGGGGUGGGGGGGGGGCCACUGCUGCGUUUUGGGGUGCAGGUGGGGGUGGGGUCUCCCAAAACUGCCAUUUAUUUUUAUUUUUAAGCUCGUUUUUAAAGGUGUGGGUUUUUUUUUUUUCUUAGGGGUGCUGGUGCAGGCGGGGGGUGCUCCUUGCACCCCCUCCCGCCCCCAACUCCCUUCCCCCACCCCCCCUUUUCCCCCCCCCAGCCCAGAGCACAAAACCACCAGCGGUUUGCAAAGCACAAAGCAGCGCCCAGAUGCACAUCACCCGGCCGCCGUUUCCAAGCUGCCCCCGAGGGAGCGUUUAUUUUUUGGGGUGCAGGAGGGAGGAUGCGCCUUCGAAAUUAAAUGA